CCGUCGGCGCGGCGCCUAGCCGCGGCUCCGCGGGGCCAUGCUGCCCUGGAAGCGGAGCAAGGUGGAGCUGGCGGCGGGCGAGGCGCGGCGGCAGAGCAAGCCCAAGGGGUACGCGGUGAGCGUGCACUACUCGGCCCUCACCUCGCUGGCCCGCGCCUGCCCCGAGAGCGCCCUGCAUCGUGUGGGCAGCAUGUUCCGCUCCAAGCGGCGGAAAUUUCGCGUCACCAGCGAAGACCCCACGUAUACUGUGCUCUACCUGGGCAACGCCACUACCAUCCAGUCCAAAGGUGAGGGCUGCACCGACCUGGCCGUCUGCAAGAUUUGGAGCAAGAGCGAGGCGGGCCGGCAGGGCACCAAGAUGAAGCUGACCAUCAGCGCGCAGGGCAUCCGCAUGGCCCACGCCGAGGACAAGGGACUUCGCCGGCCCGGCCACCUCUACCUGCUGCACCGGGUCACCUACUGCGUGGCCGACCCGCGCCUGCCCCGUGUCUUCGCCUGGAUCUACCGCCACGAGCUGAAGCACAAGGCGGUGAUGCUGCGCUGCCACGCCGUGCUGGUCUCCAAGCCCGAGAAGGCGAAGGCCAUGGCCCUGCUGCUCUACCAGACUUCGGCCACGGCACUGGCCGAGUUCCGCCGGCUGAAGAAGCGGGACGACGCGCGGCACCAGCAGCAGCAGCUGGUGGGCGAGCAGAGCAUCCCGCUGGUGCCGCUGCGCAAGCUGCUCAACGGGCAGUGCUGCUACAAGCCGCCGGUAGAGCGGAGCCGCAGCGCGCCCAAGCUGGGCUCCAUCACGGAGGACCUACUGGGCGAGGAGCAGGAAGAGAGGGCCAUGCACUGCGACUGCGAAGACAUCCUGGAAGCGCUGGGCGAGCCCGAGGGCGAGCUGCUGCGCCCCAGCACCGGCCGCGGCGAGAGCCCAGAGCUGGGCCAGCUCCUCCGCGACCUGGGCGAGCUCAGCCUGGGCAACGACCUGCGCUCGCUGCGCGCCGACCUGCGCGUCCGCCGCCUGCUUUCCGGGGAAAGCACGGGCAGCGAGUCCUCCCUGGAGAGCGGCGGCACGGACGGGGCCGCCCCGCCCGGCAGCGACGCCGAGCAGCCGCCCCCCGGCGACCCCGAGACCGGCUGAGCACUCGAGCCCGUACGGGCGUGCACGGUGCCGCCGGGGCGCACCGAGUUCCUUCUGACCCCUCCGGGAGUGCACGGCCCCAGCGGGGCGCACCGGGUUCCCUCCGGGAAUGCACGGUCCCUUCCGGGCAUGAGCGGCGCCGCAGGGGCGCACCGGGUUCCCUCCGGGAAUGCGCGGCCCCGCCGGGGCGCACCGGGUUCCUUCCGGCCUGUCUUGGAGUGCACCGUCCCUUCCGGGCGUGCACGGCCCCACCGGGGCACCGGACCCCUCCGGCCCCGCCGAGGCCCCUCGGGGAAUUCGCGGUCGCGCCGGUUCCCCGCGGUGCCCCCGCGUCCCUCAGCAUCCCGGGGAGCGGCCGCCCCUCCCGUGCCGGUGGCCGCCGGAGCCGGACCCCUCGCCGCAGCCCGAGGAGGGGAGGCGGCCGCGGGCUGUUUACCUCCGGCUCAGCCCUUGAAGAUCUGCCAAAUUCCUGGAAUAGCUUUCCCCGGGGAGGGCGGCGGGAGGGAGGUGUUGCGCCUUGUUUACAGUCAGAAAUCUCACAUCCGAGAGGCCCCCCCCGCCGUUUUCUCCAUUAAAAUCACUCCAUCGUGCUGUCGUGUCCAAGAGGUUUGCACUGUUGUGAAGUUGGGGGUUUUUUUAUUACUGUUUUUAAGUUAGACCAUUUUUUUGGGCCCCAGUCCUGUCCCCGGUCUCAAUGCUCUAGAUCUUUUGCUGUGCAAAAGAAGACUACUUGUGGCUGUUCACCUGUACAUAGGGAAAUGUAUGCAAAUACAUUUUGUUAUUUUUAAGAACACCACCAUUGCGAUCUCCUCUGUUUGCACAUAUGUGAAGAAAAUAAAGAUGAUGAUAACUUAAACUGA